GUAGAGCUACAAUGUCAUUGCUGAUUUCUAGCGUAUAUGAUCGUGUGCGCUAUGUAGUAUGUAUGUGUGCAGAUUUGUAGUUGUUUCCCUGUGUAUAAUUGGAUCCACCGCAUGCAUCCAUUCCCCACCAUUGUUGUAUAUCCACCCAUUCAUUGGACAGCACCAGGUGUAGGUUAUUUCUCUGGAAUUAUUCAGAGAAAGUACCCCCUUCUAUUGUACUGUAUGUGGAAGUACAGUGCUGAACUUCUGAUAAUAUCUAUGAGAGGAAUGUGAAUUAUUCUGCUACUCUUAUGACUCCCCGAUGAAUUUUCAGCUGUAAAACUCCUAGAUUAUUCAGACACUCUGUUUUUGCACUGUAUACGAAUUUGCAGAGGCUCAGGCACAACGCAAAGUGUGCGCGUAAACGACGGGAGAAGGCGUAUUUCUCCUGUACGUCAAGCCCUCUAUGAAGCGGUAUGGAUAAGGCUGGCUGAACGCGGCCGCGUGUUCCAACUCCCACCUCCGUCUCCGGCGGGAAGCGGAGACCUCCCACUACCACUCCGGCGGCCAUGGCCACCAUUGUCGCCGCCGCCGUAUCAAACCUCUGCCUCCGCCUGCCGUCGACACUCCCCUGUACAGUUUCCUUCCCCACCCGCCUCUCGCGCAUUCCACGCGCUCCGCCGCGACGUCUCCGGACGGCCGCCUCGCGAACCCUAGCAGCGCCCGCCACGUCGGAAGUCCCGGAGGCGGAGGAGCUGCGGCUGGAGGCUGAGUCCGCGCUGGAAUGGGGCGGCGUGUGCGCGCGGCUGGCCGACUUCGCCGCCACCGCCGCGGGCCGCGCCGCCUGCGGGGAGGGCCGGGUCCCCGUCGGCCGCAGCCGGGAGGAGAGUGAGCGGCUGCUCGAGCAGACCGCCGCCGCGUCGCUGCUUACGGCGCCGCUGGAUUUCGGCGGCGUGGGCGACGUGUCCGCCGUCGUAGCCGCGGCCGCCCGUGGCCGGCUGCUCGCCGUGCGGGAGAUAUGCGGCGUCGGGCGCAGCCUCCGGGCCGCGCGCGGGGUGUUCGACCAAGUGAAGAGGCUCGCCGAGGAGAUGCCAGCAGAUGGGAGGUAA